CCGGCGAGAAGCCCUUCGGCUGCGCGCACUGCGGCAAGGCCUUCGCCGACCGCUCCAACCUGCGCGCGCACAUGCAGACGCACUCGGCCUUCAAGCACUUCCAGUGCAAGCGCUGCAAGAAAAGUUUCGCGCUCAAGUCCUAUCUCAACAAGCACUACGAGUCGGCCUGCUUCAAGGGUGGCGCCGGCGGCGGCGGCGGCGGCGCCGGCCCAGUACUGCGGGGGAAUGGAAGUCCUAGGUCUCUCUGACUGAGCACCGCCCCCGCCUCCCUGCCCCGACAUGGCUCAGGAGAAGAUGGAGCUAGACCUGGAGCUGCCUCCGGGUACGGGCGGGAACCCGGUGGAGGGCGGCGGCGGCGGCGGCGGCGGGGGCCUCAGGAGGUCUAACAGCGCCCCCCUAAUCCACGGCCUCAGUGACACUUCUCCGGUGUUCCAGGCCGAGGCGCCUAGCGCCAGGCGGAACAGCACAACGUUCCCGAGCCGCCCCGGCCUGCUGCUACCGGCCUCCCCGGUCCGCAUGCACAGCAGCCGCUUGCACCAGAUCAAACAGGAGGAGGGCAUGGACUUGAUCAACCGCGAGACGGUCCACGAGCGGGAGGUGCAGACCGCAAUGCAGAUAAGCCACUCCUGGGAGGAAAGUUUCAGCCUGAGUGACAACGACGUGGAGAAAUCCGCCUCUCCGAAGCGCAUCGACUUCAUCCCGGUGUCACCAGCACCGUCACCCACCCGGGGAAUUGGGAAGCAGUGUUUUUCACCAUCCUUGCAAAGUUUUGUGAGUAGCAAUGGAUUGCCUCCAAGCCCUAUUCCCAGCCCAACCACCCGAUUUACUACGAGGAGAAGUCAGAGUCCCAUCAAUUGCAUUAGACCAAGUGUUCUUGGACCAUUGAAAAGAAAAUGUGAAAUGGAAACUGAGUAUCAGCCAAAGAGAUUUUUCCAGGGCAUUACCAACAUGCUUUCUUCUGACGUUGCACAGCUGUCAGAUCCCGGUGUGUGUGUGUCUUCAGAUACCCUUGAUGGAAACAGCAGCAGUGCCGGAUCUUCUUGUAAUUCACCAGCGAAAGUCAGCACUACCACCGACUCUCCUGUGUCGCCUGCCCAAGCGACUUCUCCUUUUAUUCCAGUAGAUGAACUUUCAUCUAAGUGAUGAACCCACCCUUCCUGAGACUUGGUUUUGUUUGUUUGUUUUAUUAUUAUUAUUAUUAUUAUUUGCAAUGGAGAGAAAAAUCAAGUUGGAGCAAGCACUGAACUUUGUCAAUUAAUUUGAGCUAUUUCUUAUUGGACCCUUUUUCCUUUUUUGGAAUUUCCUGAAAUGUUAUUCUAGAGAACUUUUAUGUCAGAUUCCUGCAGAUGCCCUUGAAUUCAAUGUAGUACUAUUUUCAGACAUUUUCCCAAUAAGUGUGUUGAAGCAUACAUCUCUUACGCUGCUAAUAUGUCUAAAUACAUAUGUUAUCCCUUGAUUUUUUUAAAUAAUUGAGAGCUCUAUUUAUUUAUGGGAUUAUUAAGUUCUGAUGAAAAUAUAAAUGUUGAAUUAAUCAGCAUAGUAAACUGAUGUUUUAAAAUUCCAUACUUCAUGCCCACACUAAUUUUUAAUGUUGUUAUCAGUGAUUGCUAAUUUCUAUUUGAUGAAGAACAAUAACCUAUCUAUUUUAAAAAUAUGUUAGUUAUGACAUAACAAUCCAGUGGUUGUCUAUUUUACCCAGGAAUCCUUGGAUAUUAAAUUUUCUGGGUACAGAAGUGGAUGGUGGUGGAAUGAUAAAAGAGCAAAAUAAAGUUUGCAACAAAUCUUUUUAAAAUUAAAUAUACAAAAGUAAAUGUAUUUAAGAAAAACUUUCUAAUGAAAUUUUAACAAUUCUAAGACUUACAAAUAUACUGUACAGAAAAUGGAAAUCUCCUUUUUCUUUUUAACUAGAAGGUGCAUUCUAUUGCAUAUAAUCCUAAAGUGAAAUGGGACAGUGCCUUGCAUUCUCAUCCUGGUGUACAUAGGUUGAGGCCUGGUUCUUUAAAGAGCUAAAAGAGUUAAAAGUUUUCAAACGUAGAAAAUGUAUGGGAGCCUUGUUGAACUUCAUCAGAGCACCCAGGCGGAUCAGAUGCUCUCAAUCAUUGAUAUGCUUUAAAAUACCCAGCAGUGCCUCAGUGAAAAACCUUUGUCAAUGAGGAGCCAGUCAAACUUUUGGCUGCCUUUCUGUUCUGCCCAUCUGUCACCUUCCUAGUUUUCCCUGACUCAGGAAGGAAGCAGCUGUUUCCUUGCCAACAGGUCCUUCCUCUCUACCUCCCAGCAAACUAGGGCAUCGUCAGUUAGGCAAAGGUGUGACUCAGAUUUCUGACAGUGAGCAACAAGAGGACUGUUCCAGGAGCCUCUGUGGUGAAAGCUGCAGCUGAAGUUGACUACCUUGAGGAGGAUGUCAGUUAAUUAAGGUCAAUGUCUUAGAAAAUCAGUGGAGAGUCACCUCAGUAAAUUAUUUGACUUAGGUUUUGUUAAAAGUAGAAUGUGAAAUGUUCUUUUUUCUGUCUUCAAAAUUCAGACAAAAUAUGAAACUAAUGAAAAACGUUUAUGUUAUACUUCCUAUACCUCCUAGAUCUUUCUUAAUCAAAUAGAUAUAAAUAAAUAGACAGAGGUAAUCAAAGGACAAGGGGAGAAAUAAAAAGACUAAAAGGGAGAACAAGAUAAAAGCUCUGGCUUGCUUUUUCAAGUUAUUGCCUACAGAGAUUAACAACUAUGUGGAAUUUCUGCAACUAUAACAAUAAAUGGAACUGGUCAACAUUUGACAGUUGCUUCAAGAAUUCAGUGAAAUUACAUCGAGGGUAAGAUAACCACAGGUUUAAAUUCUCUCUUCCGGGUUCAUGUGCUCCACUUCUCACCUUGCUCCUCAAAUUCAAUCUUAGGGGUGCAACUUCCUCACCUUGAUCUACUGCUUCAGAUGUCCUUAACCUGAUCAUCUUCAAAACAAAAUUUAUUAUUUUCUCAUUUAACCCAUUCUUAAAUUACCUAAGUUGGUUUCAUCACAUCUGAUUUCCUAAACGAAAAAUCAUGGCAAGCAUCCUUGCUUUCCCUUUUCUCUCCCUGUCACAUUAGCUUAACCACCUAGACCUGUCUACUUCUGAAAUGAAUCUUAAAUCUGCCCCUUCUAUAGCCUCAGAUGUAGCUUAAGUUUCUGAGUGAUCUCCCAGUCUUCCCAGUGUUUUUAACCUCACUUUGGUCUUCACACUGCCUCUAAAAUGAUCUUUCUAAAAUAUAAAAUUGAUUUCUCCCAUUUGACAGUGGUUUGCUUCCCUGUUCCUACAUUUUAGGAAAUGCUUUCUUUAACCUGGCAUAUGAUGAGAUCCUUUGUAAACUGGCUAUAUUCUAAAACACUUUAUCUGCUCAUCAUAUCUCAGUACACAUCCUUCUUUCUUAACCUGUAAACACUAGACUAGAUCCUCUAAAUAUUUUUGUACCUUUAGAUAGUUUCCUUCUUCCUAAAAAACCAAUUCCUAUCUUUUGCAGCCAGGCAAAUGCUGUGUUUCUUCUUAUUUCACAUGAAUGUAACUACUAAAAAAUGUGUCCCUGCUAAUUAUACAAAUAUUUAAACAAUGCAGAUACAGUAAAAUAUUUUACUAUGUGUAAUUUCUCUUCCCAUAAGUAAUUUCUGUUAAUUAUAAGGUAUACAAACUUUGCACUUCCCUGUACAUCUCUAUAUAAACUCAGGAAACCAACAUGUCAUUGACAUUUCCUUUCUUUCCCUCAUAUCUAAACAUCAAGUCUUACUUGAUUUUAUCUUCCAGAAUCUGUCUCAUUUUUAUCUCUACUGCCACCUGAUCUAGGCUACCAUCAUUUCCCUCUUAAGCUUCUACAGCAGCCUCCUAGUUCCUGCUUAUUGCCAUCAUACUCAUCCUGGUCAACUACCCAUUCAUUCUCCAGGUAGCAGCUAGAGUAAUCUUUUUAAAACUGCAGCUCUCAUCCGUCUCUCAGUUAAAAGGUUUUGAUUUGCUUCCCAUUGUUCUCACUGCAUACCAAAAUGUGUUCCUUCUGUCUAGGAGGCCAUAUGAGAUCUGGAUGUGCCUCCCUCCUCUUGUUUUCUGUGCCCCACCCUCACUGGCUUGCUUCCUUCUUGUUAAAUCCCUGUUCUUUCCUACUUUAGCUCCUUUUACUAGAUCCAUUUCCUUGAAGGUACAGAGAAGCCUUUAUCUGUAACCUCAUUGUUCCAUAUAUGUGGUAGUUUUAAGUCAGAUGAAGCUCUAUGCAUUCAUAUAGAUAAUAUGCAUUAUAUUAUUUAUAACUUAAAUCGUUAAUUACUCUAGGAUAUAAAGGCUUAGCUCAUGUAAGAAUGAUCUUCCAAAAAAAAACUUAAUAUAUUAGUCGUGCUAAUCUAUAAAUUUUGUUAGAAAUCUCAAAACACAUACUAACAUUCAGUUAAAGUACAGUUUGUCAUGUGUAACAAACCUCUGUAAUUUUUCUUUUAUUAUGUUUGAAAGCCAAUAGAGAUGGAAAAAAUUAAUUACUGGUCACCAGAUUUUGUGACUGCUGUUCAUCAGAACCUUUGAGCAUACUUACAAGGUUGUUUAUAAUCAAGAAUAACCUGCAUCAGGAUAUUAGGUUGCCUUCAGUGAUUCACAUUUAUUAGUUUAGUCAGUUAUAUAAGGAGUAAGAGACCAUAUAUUUGGCAGUAAAAUGGGACCUGGCCAAGGCCUGUCAGGAAAGCAGGAGUGCAAAUUUUUUUCUUAUGAACAUGUUUAUAGAUGGAUGGAAAAAGUUGGAGGAUCUAAGAGAGAGAUGAAGAUGGGAGAAUAGUUGCCAGAAUAACAAAUCAAAGGAGAUAUGUUAACCUUUCUAUGAAAGAAUAGAAGAAAGAGUUGGCCUUGGGAAGUAUAUAUGGAAACGUUUAUUUCUUUUAAGCUAGGAAGGAGAGUAGAAGGCUAGACAAAGAUAUCAGUAAUUAUUGGCUUGAUUUGCUUUAGGAAGAAUUUGUGUUGAAAUUGGUUAUAUUUUCUAAUUACUGAGGAGUCUAGAAUAACUGAGGGUGGGACAGGAGUAGAUCUGGAAGCUUGAGUAAAGUAAAGGUUCUGUAAAGGUGCUAGUUAGGAGUGAUUAAGGGUGAAUAGAAAGUUUAUGGAGCCAUUUUGGAUGCCAAGUUACUGUUGUAUGGCAGCAAUAUAAAAAGAAGUAGGUUGGAUUGACUAAGUCUGAGAAAUGGUUAAGUAGAUGCUGGGUAAAUUCCUGAAGCCCUUAAGGACUUUUCUGAAAAUAUAAUAGAUUGGUUGAGUGACGCUUUCAAGAUGGUGAAUGAAGUAAGCAAUGAGUGAUGCAAUAGGCCGUUUUUUUUUUUUUUCCUCAAGGUUUUGCUGUUAAGCCAUGACAAAGUGUGCAGAGAAUCUCUCUGUGGAACUCUUGCAGUGUUGCCCAUCUUUUGCCAACGCUGUCUUUUUGUUUGCUUGUUAGUUUUAACUCAAUGAAUCCCAAAUCAACAAACCUUGAAUUACAUUACUUGAUAAAAAAUUUGAGUCAAAUUGUUCACUAUAGACAAGAUAAAGUUCUUUGUGCUUUCUGUAAUUUACCCUCCAAGUAAAAACUUUUCUUAAAAGUUGAAGUGACCUUUAUAUGAAAAAUACGUGUUUAUGUGUCAGGUAAUGCCUUAGGUGCUGACCUAAUGUGUCAUUUCAUUUUAUCUUCAUUACUGCUGUAUAAGGUAAGUGUUAUUUUAUCCUCAGUUUAGAAAUGAGGAGAGGG